GUCGAGAAGCCGACAAAAUGUGGGUUCUCGUGUCCGUUAUUUCCACGGUUUUGAUAAUAUUUAUGUUAAAGUAUUUCUUCGGCAGCUACGGUCCGAAUCCCUUUGAGAAGGACAGUCGUGAACCGUUGAAAAAGAGGGUUUACGACAAGAAGGAGAAGAAUAAAGUGCUAAAGCAAGGAUUCCUGGCCAGUAAAGUACCAGAAAACUUGGAUGCAAUCAUCAUUGGAAGUGGUGUCGGUGGGCUCGGGCUUGCUGUGCUGCUUGCUAAAGUCGGAAAGAAAGUUCUGGUUCUGGAGCAGCACAGUAAGGCCGGGGGAUGCUGCCACACGUUCUCAGAGAAGGGCUUUGAGUUUGAUGUUGGGAUCCAUUACAUCGGGGAACUCGUGGAACACCAGCCUUUCCGCUGCAUGUUGGACCAGAUGACCAAUGGACAGCUGCAGUGGGAGCCUCUGGAGAAUCCAUUUGACCACGUUGUGCUGGGACCUCCAGAAAACCGCCGCAGGUACCCCAUCUACAGCGGCAGGACUCGCUUCCCCGAGGAGCUGAAGAAGUGUUUCCCUAAAGAGGAGAAGGCCAUUGACGAGUACCUGCGGCUGGUCAAGAAAACCAAGAAUGGAGUUUGGCUCCUCGUGAUGCUGAAGCUCGUCCCGGUCCCUUUGGCCAAGUUCCUGAUCCACAGCGGCCUCGUCAAACGCCUGUCGUUCUUCUUCAAAAUGGCCCCCCGCAGCCUGACGGAUGUGGUCAACGGGCUGACCCAGAACCAGGACCUCAGGGCCGUACUGUCCUACAUCUUUGGCACCUACGGGAACAUGCCAAAAGAUGCCAGCUUCGCCAUGCACAGCUUGCUGGUGACCCACUACCUGAACGGCGCCUGGUACCCUAAAGGUGGCUCCAGUGAAAUCGCCUAUCACAUGAUCCCCAUCAUAGAGAAGGCAGGAGGCGCCGUUCUGGUGCGGGCCCCGGUGAACCGGAUCCUAGUCAACGACGCAGAGGAAGCUUGCGGUGUGAGUGUGUUGAAAGGUCAGGAGGAAGUGCACGUCCACGCGCCCGUGAUCAUUUCUGACGCCGGCGUCUUCAACACCUACGAGAAGCUGCUUCCCAAGGAGCUCCGAGCCACGCCAGCCGUCCAGGAGCAGCUCGCGAUGGUCAAACACGGUGAAGGCGGCCUGAGUAUCUUUAUGGGUCUGAACGGAACCAAGGAAGAGCUGGGCCUGAAGGCCGACAACUACUGGAUCUUUGCCGACAGCAACUUUGACGAGCUGGUGGAGAACUACAUGAGCAAAGACAGGGAGGAGUCUGCUAAAAACAUUCCUCUGCUGUUCGUCGCCUGUCCAUCAGCUAAAGACCCCACCUGGGAGGAGAGAUCACCAGGAAAGUCUACUUUGAGUCUGGUGAGUUUUGCUAAAUAUGAGUGGUUUGAGGAGUGGAAGGAUGACAAAGUGAAGAACCGAGCGCCGGAUUACAAAGAGCUGAAACAAGCGUUCAUCGACUCGGCCCUGGAGGUGGUGAUGGAUGUGUUUCCUAAGAUCACCAGAGACAAGAUUGAGUACAUUGAUGCUGGAACCCCCAUCACAAACACGCACUAUAUCGGAGCUCCCAAAGGUGAGAUCUAUGGUGUGGAUCACGGCAUCGCUCGAUUUAGUCCUGAGCUCAACGCUACAAUAAGACCUCAAACGCCUCUGAAGAACCUCUACCUGACAGGUCAGGACGUGUUUCUGUGCGGUUUCGCCGGCGCCCUCGCAGGAGCUCUCACCUGUGGCUCAGUCAUUCUCAACCGCAACCUCCAUCUGGACACCAUCGCCUUGGCCAAAAGAACCAAAACCUUUAACAAGUCGAAAGAGGAGUAGCUGCUGAUUUAUGUGCUCCAAUUAAGCAGCGCUCUGCUGAAA